CCAUCGAAGGAUUUAGCGGCUCGGGUCAGCGAGAGGCAAGUCUUUCUGCGAGUCUUCCUUGAGAAAAUUCACUGCUUUCUUGCAUCAUUUUAUUCGAUUUGGAGGUUAAAGCACUUGUCUUUACUGUGGCUCUGUUUGUAUGGAGUCCCUGUCUCCAGUUCCUUCCUUCUGGAGGGGCUGUUUGAAGUUCAAACAGAAUUGUGUUCGACAUUCAUUCAUUCAUUCCUUCUGUUUUGUUUAUUUCUUCUUCCUUGUAGUAAAGGAAACUGAUGCCUUCUCUUGUUUGCCUAAGAUUCUGUGUCUCUUACCCGUUGAUUUAAUUUGUAGGUGGAAAUCGGAGCGAUCCUUGUUGAAAGUUUCUAGCUUUUCAUAUCAUCUGCGUGAUGUACAGAUUUGAUCCACCCAACAACGUUUGUAGCUCGGAGAAGGUUAAAGAGGAAGCUAUUUCCAUGGAUCAUAUAAGCACAUUGCCCCAUGCGCUUCUUGUGGAGAUUUUGUCCCGCCUGACCUUAAAAGAAGCAGCUAGGACAUCAAUCCUCUCCGUGACUUGGGUUGAUUUGUGGAAAUUUGUUCCAAACUUGGACUUCGACGUUCCAAAGAUGAGGCAGUGCAUCUGGGAAAAUUAUUGGAAUUCAGGGGAUAUGGAGCCCGUGCUUUUCGAAAGGUGGAGGUACAUUGAAUGGGUUAAUAGGGUCUUGACACACUACCAGGGUCGGAAAGUGAACAACUUUCACGCCUGUUUCAACAUUCAUAAUGAAUCCAAUGCCAAUGGUGACAUCGAUAGGUGGUUGGACUUUGCAAUCUCAAAAAGAGUUCAGAAGCUCAAGCUGGACUUUGACCGGUAUGGUGAUACCAGUUGGGAUGCUUCAGGGUGCUAUAUUUUCUCGGAACGCUGUUUCAAACAUAUGAAAACCCCUGAGGGUUUAUCGGAUAUUCGGUACCUUCAGUCCUUGUGUUUGGCUUUCGUUGAUGUGAGCGAUGAGAUCCUUGAGCAUUUCCUUUGCAAUUGUCCUCUACUGGAGAAGUUAGCCGUCCAACAUUCCCAUGGUUUAGUAAGGUUUGAAGUUGCUGCUGGCUUGUCGUCACCACUGCCGUUGAAGCACUUGGAAGUAGUCCAUUGUAAGAAUCUAAAGGAGAUUGAAAUCGAUGCGCCUAAUCUCACCUACUUCAAGUUGGAUGGUCGGUUUCCAGAUGGCAUUGAUCUUCGAAUGGAAAAUAUAUCGUCGCUUACCGGAUUGGACUUGUACAACAUGAUUGAUCCAGGUCCUGUUUUCCUUCCUCGAGCAAAGUUUGCACGGCUGGAGACCCUCACUUUUAUGUUUGACGCGCGUAAAGCCAAGUUUCCCAGGUCGAUUGAGGAGUUGACGUCCCUUAAGCAGCUGACUGUUUAUGUGCUCGGUUCUGAUAGGAACGAGAUUCGUGGUCUGCUCCCCGUGAUAAAUGCUUGUCCUUCAUUGUACCAACUGUCGGUUCGGAUGGACACCGACGAAGAAAAGGAUAGCUCCUGCCGCAUUUGGGGUGGGAGUGAGAUGGAGGAGAUGCACAGGGAGAGCAUCAAAGUGGUGGAGGUUAGUGGGUUUGCUGGUAGCGCAGCUACCUAUACAGGGCGUUGGUUCCUGGACUAUGCGCUGCGGAACUUUGUGACGCUUGAGAAAUUGAUUCUCGAUAGUCGCACAUGCACUAGUACUGGACGCAUAUUUAACGCCCCGAGAGUGCAAGCUGAAGUUGCAGUCGCGUGCAUUCAGAUGUUGAAAUCUAGACUGCCCUCAACCGUUGAGCUUGUUAUCCCCGUUAGUUAAUUUACUGCUAUUCCAUGGCUUGGUUUUGGUUUGUGUUUUACAUGUUCAUGAGUGAGUUAACUUAUCCUAUACAGCUGGCCCUGUACUUCAGUUUAGACAAGCUGUGAUUUGUAACAUUUAUAGGACUGAAUCAGGUCAUAGAAUGAAGGGGGUUGUUUGGA